CCUGUGACUCUCUUCACCAUUAGAGCCACAGAUCAAGACUCCGGGGACAGUGGGCUGGUGCACUACAAAAUCACUGGCGGAGACCAUUUUGGUGAUUUCCACCUGGACAGGAAAUCAGGUGUGCUGUCCACUUCCAGGCCUUUGGACCGAGAGUCCAAAGCAAAGUACACCCUCACCGUGGAGGCACAAGAUCAAGGAAUACCAUCCCUCACCAGUACUGUCACUUUGGACAUCAGUGUCUUGGACCUGAAUGACAACAGCCCAGUGUUCCCCAGCAGCAGCUACUCAGUGGAGGUAUCAGAAGAUGCAUCAGAAGGGUCUCUUGUUCUGGAGGUUUCAGCCUCUGACAAGGACGAAGGGUCCAACAGUCAGGUUGUCUACUUCCUGAGCCACGAAUCCAGAGGUAUGUUAAUUGUGGACCAAUACACGGGUCGCAUUAUUACAGCAGCAGCCCUCGACCGAGAAAAAGUGGCCUCCUACAGUUUCAAAGUCUACGCCAUGGACUCCUCAGCCUCCAACCCCCGUAACACCUCUGCUGAAGUCACCGUCCACAUCUUAGAUGUAAAUGACAACGCCCCCUUCUUCAUCACAGACCCGCUCAUCAUCAAUAUGUCCAGCAGUAGUCUCUCCAACCACAAGGUGCUGGCCACCAUGAGAGCUGAAGAUAAAGACUUCGGUGCAAAUGGAUCUGUAUUUUAUCGGUUUGCGAAUCCUGUCAAAGGCUUCACCAUAAACUCCUUGACUGGGGACAUCCAGGCCACCGAAAAGCUCCACACGAUGACCCAGAGCCAGCGGACCCUCAUUGUGGAGGCCAUGGAUCAGGGUAACCCAUCGCAGUCCUCUCUGGGAGUUGUGAUCGUGUACAUCAGAGAGCAGAGUUACCAGGGCAUCCGCUUCGCUCGCAACACCAGGGAUGUCAGCCUGCAGGAGAAUGCUGCUAAAGGUACAGCAGUUGUUCAGAUACAGGCUCACUAUCCUGAUGGAUCUAGCAGUGGCAUCAACUACAGCAUUUUCAGUGGCAACAAGCAGCAGUCCUUUAGCAUCAGCCCCCACACAGGUGAGAUUUGGGUAGAAAGCUCCAAAGGUCUGGACUUUGAGGAGACCCCACGACUCCGCCUGGUGGUCAAGGCUGAAACCGCAUCCUCCAGUUCCUUCAUGGCAGUUAACCUUCUCCUACAGGAUGUCAAUGACAACUUACCACGCUUUCAGCUUCACAAUUACGUUGCUUAUGUUCGUGAGGCCCAGGGCUAUGAUCAUCCUAUCAUUCAGGUGUUGGCGAAUGACCUGGACCAGGGUCAGAACGGGCAGGUGACCUACUCCAUAAGGUCAUCGUCCAUGAGCGGCCUCUUCAAGAUCGACCCUGUCACAGGCAGUAUAUCCACCGCUGCCAUCAUGGACAGAGAGAUCUGGACACAGACCAACCUGGUUAUUAUGGCAACGGACAGAGGUAGUCCUCGGUUAGCAGGUUCUGCCACUCUCACUGUGAUCAUCGUAGACCUGAAUGACAACAGUCCCACCAUCCCUGUUCCACGUGAAGUCCGGGUCCCUGAGAAUACCUUGAUUGGAACCGUGAUCACUCAGGUCACAGGGAAUGAUGUGGACUCUGGGCCGGCUCUCUCCUAUUCCCUGCUUCUGGACUCAGACACUCAAGGAAAGUUUGGAAUACAUCGCUAUGGAGGCGGGGUGUCUUUGACUGCCUCUCUGGACUUUGAAGAUAGAACAUGGUACAUGCUGACCGUCAGCUCCUCGGACUCCAAACACCGGACUUACGCAAAUCUGACCGUGCUUGUGGAGGAUGUGAAUGAUAAUGCUCCAGUCUUCUCCCAGGACCUUUAUGAGGUGACUCUAGCAGAACGCUCGCCAGCAGGAAGCUCAGUUAUCACAGUAACUGCUACAGAUAAGGACUCCGGAGACAACGGAAGGAUAACAUACAGGGUUGUGUCAACAAAGGACAUGUUCUACAUUGACCCAAGCAAUGGUACUCUGUUCAUCAAGCAGAAGGUUGAGUUUGACUCACAGCGCCCUUCCAUUUUGGUGGUGAUUGAAGCCAGUGAUAGUGGAACACCUCCGUUGACUGCCCUUACCACAGUUCAGGUGCAUGUGUCUGAUGUCAAUGACAAUGCCCCUGUAUUCCACCAGACUGAGUACAGAGCCUCUGUAUCUGAAGAUGAAGUUCCUGGUUCAACCAUCCUAACCCUGGAAGCAGUGGAUGGGGACUUAUCUAGGGACAACUGCGGGUUUGAUUUCGCCAUUGCCAGUGGAAACAUUGGUAACGCCUUCCAAAUCGAGAGCAGUGUUCGUUUCCUUGAGGGCCAUGGAUUUCAGACAGUUGGAACGCUGAUAUUAGUUGAUAAGCUUGACUUUGAGAGUGCGAAUGGCUACAAUCUCACUAUUGUGGUCUCAGAUCGCGGCAUACCACAACGAAGCUCAAGUGUUCCGGUUUUAAUCACUGUAAUGGACACCAAUGAUAACCCUCCAUCCUUCAGUAGGGCUGAGUACAACGUUAUUGUCAAUGAAGGGGCAGAAACGGGAAAAGAAAUACUUCAACUUUUUGCAGUGGACCCUGACUCAACAUCUAAUGGAGAGGUUCAAUACUCAAUCAGUUCUGGAGACGAGUCUGAGCUCUUUUCUAUUGAUCGCUGGACUGGGUCCCUUCGUCUGCGGAGGUCUCUUGAUAGUGAGAAACAGUCCUCUCGUGUGUUCAUCAUUCAGGCCUCAGACGGUCAGGGCCACUUCGCUCUUGCUCCUGUAACUGUCGAGGUCAAGAACAUCAAUAAUAACAGGCCUUACUUCCCUCUUAAAUCACUCACAGCAAGCAUUCGUGAAAACCAGCCCCAAAAUGCUCUAGUUACCAUACUACAUGCCAUUGAUCAUGACAAAGGAGCAUAUGGAGAAUUGAGAUAUUUCCUCAUGUAUAAUUCCGGCAACGGUAAAGAUUCCUUCCUUGUGAACCAAACCUCCGGUGAGGUGCGAACCCGCUUUACAUUCGACUUCGAGAAGGUAAACGCUUUCAAUUUUAUUGCUAUCGCAAUGGAUGCAGGCAACUACUCGGCCACAGUCACAGUUCAAGUCUUUGUGACUGGUGAAGAUGAGUACGACCCGGUUUUCACUAACUCAGAUUUCGCCUUCCACGUACCUGAGGGUGCCAAGAAAGGGCAAAGCAUCGGGCAAGUAAAUGCUAAUGAUGAGGAUGGAGGGGUGGACGGCAUUGUCCUCUACACACUCGCAAACAGUUCGCCUUACUUUGAGGUCAACACGUUUACAGGAGUGAUAUCCCUCAAGAUGGAUGCAUAUCAUCGACAUACAAGCCGGUCCAAAAGAGAGACACGUCAGAUGACGUUGGAUGUUACUGCUCACAGUCCUUUGGAGAUUUCCCGAAAAGCUUCUGCCCAGGUCACAAUUGAUGUCACUCAUACAUCCUUCGGCUUGAACACAGACAUGAAUGUGGUACUUGCCAGUGCUAUAACAGCUUCCUUGGCAGCCAUUGUGUUCCUGAUCAUAGUUGUUGUAGUGAUAUUCCUCUUGAGAUCCCAAAGGUACAAAGAACAAGAGGCUUGCGCCAGAAUAGUAUCCCACGGUACCAUUCUGGAGAGUCUUGAAGAAUCGAAAGUACCAGGGGGUGAUAAGCUGUAUCAUCCGACUCUUCCUGGGUAUGCAACAGACCAAACUGGGAGCGGAGGAGGUACCUACGCACGAGGUGGGUCUCUUGACCCAUCUCACUCCAGUGGACGUGGUUCUGCCGAAGCGGAAGCAGCAGAAGAUGAUGAGAUCCGGAUGAUUAAUGAGUAUCCUCAAGUUUCCAGCAUCUCCUCCUCCAUGCAGGAGCACAUAGCUGCUCGUGGGCCCGAUUCUGGUAUCCAGCAAGAUGCUGACCAGCUGUCUGACAUUUCCUGUGAGCCAGGGAUGGAUGCAAAUCAAUGGUUUAAAGGGAAAAAACUGGGAAGUUUAAGUGGGACACUACCAUCAAGCCAGUUGCCAACUUAUCGGGAUGAAGGAGGUGGUUAUCUUGGGGUUGGAAGAGGGCUUAAAAUCUCGCAUCCGAAAGAUUAUGCUUUCCCGGAGGAUGGUAAGCCUGCUGUAGAUGGUUCUCUUACAGCUAUUGUGGCUAGUGAUGAGGAACUGAGGGGAAGCUACAACUGGGACUACCUCCUCGAUUGGUGCCCUCAAUUUCAGCCUCUGGCUAAUGUCUUUACAGAAAUUGCCAGAUUGAAAGAUGAGAAUGCGCCACCUAACCCUCGGCGGCCGUUUCAUCCCAAAGCAAAGACAGAUCCCAAGCCCAGAAUUGACCCUCCUCCCCUUAUUACCUCUGUAGCACAUCCAGGGGCCAAAACGGUUUUGCCGAAACCUGCUGUAGGCCGAACAUUUCCACACCUGUCCUCAUUGCGCCGAUCUCCCAUUGACCAUGAUGGCACUGUUUCCUCAAUAGCCAUGUCUCCGAGUUUUUCUCCAUCACUUUCGCCACUUGCUGCCCAUUCCCCAGCCAUUGCUCCCUUUGGAGGUCACUCGUCCUCCAUUAUGGGUACAAAUGAACACUCCUUAGAACAUGAGGAGACAGAACUGAGGAUUUAAUGCUGUCUAAGGAGAGCUCACCAGAACGCAUUCCCACCUGCUCAGGUACUCUAAAAAUGCCUCUCCUCUGGCAUAGCCCUCAAUAUCUUGUUGUAUGUAAUGUUGCCCCACUGGCUGGCCAGAGGUUUCAGAAAGCGGUGCUUUUGUCACCCUUCUUUAGACUUACUGACUUGAGUUGUUUUAUAAUGCUGUUCUAACGAUCCUGAAGAUCAAAUGACAAUUUUCUUAGCCCAGCAAUUGCACAUUUUAAAGGACAGUUAUGUUUGAUGUCAA